AUGAUGGAGAGAUCAAGCACACCAGAGCCCGUCAAUCUGACCCCUCCAUCGACAGAACUACGCGGUAUGGGAUCCCAGGUCAUAGUGGAUGUAUCGUUGGAUGCCAAUGGACAACAGGUAUACUCCGUACACGACAUAAGUGCCUUGGGCCCAAGAAACGGCCAAGCACUGAAUCAGACGCCCACGCAGCGCACUGUUGCAGACACCGGGAUCGUGAGCCCCGAGAGUAUCCAGCGGAAACGUUCGGUUGAUUCCUCUAUGCAGAUAAAUGAAUCCAAACGCAUCAAGGUGAAGCAUGAAGACUCUCAAGAUGCUUUGGAAGUUGGUGAGGAUGAGGACGGCGGAGAUGAAGACGCUGAGCAGAUCUGGUCGCAGGACGUCCAGGAUGCGUUCGUCGAGGCGCUUGGAAUCAUCCCCAAGAAAGGACUUAACAAAAUCAAAGUGAGCGGUCGGUCUUGUGGUCGUAAUGAGCUUAUUAGUGAUUUUAUUCGCACCAAAACAGGCAAGGUGCGCACGCGCAAACAAGUUUCAUCCCACAUCCAAGUCAUCAAGAAUCUGAACAAGGACGACGAAAUAAUCGAUCUAAUCAAAAACGGGCCAAGCAAUACACGUGCCGCUCGCCGUUUUGAUGAUGUUUUCAGUUCAAUCACGUUUGCAAAGUCCCUUGGUAACGAUUUGGGAAAUGUCCAGACAGCCAAGAUGAUCCAGGAAAGUCCGGUUAAAGCUGCUCCAAAGGAUGACUCUGUUGAUUCUGGUGUUGUUGCUGAAUAUUUGCCACAGCCCGAAUCCCACCCUGAUCUUUCCCACUUAGACAUGUUACUUCUAGGGUUUGAAAUGUCGUACCAGAACGGAGCCCGUUCCCAUGUGUUCUCCAUGUUGAGACAGUCUGAUUUCCUCGACCCUCCUCUUCGAAUCAAGGAGAACGCUAACAUUACCAAGCGAUUCCCGGACUUGUACGGGCUAGUGGGCUCUAUUUCCUCUUGCGUUGGCAAGACUGGAUCGAGACCAGAUGUUCCACCUGUUCCCAUCAUCCAUGGAAUGGUGGCAUUGAAUGCGCCUCCUCUUUCCGAGGAUCUCGUUAGCGGCAAAUACUCUGUGGCCUCUGAUGUAUCGAUGACUGGAAUUGCUGAUUCAGACAGAUGUUGGUGUGUGUAUACCACAGUGUAUUCCUUUGGAAGGCAGGUGGUGGCCACUUUCGAGAAGUUGGACCCGCACUUUGACGGAAACCAGGUGGAAUUCAAGAUCCGUUUGGCCAAUGACUACUGGAAUGCGCUGUUUGAAGGAAUUGGUUCGCUGGUCGAAGAAACCCUUCGGCGCGGGGAAACAGUCCAGCCAUUGGAUCAGUUGGUGGCUAGUGCUGUUCGUGGAAUCACCGUUCAACAGUGUGUGUUCAUAGCGGAUUCGCACGACAUGAAACGCGAUAUCAAGCGAGUGAACCUCAGUCUUAGUGAUAUUGACCGCCACAAGGUGAGGGCAAUUUUGCUAUGGGAGUUUUCCAGAGUCGAUCCUUUCGACAAUGCCCAGCAGCCCGUCACCACCAUGCGGCGCAUCUACCCUCCUAGGUUCCUGUGUGAAAAAUCACCCGUUUCCCUCAAGUCGGAGCCUAAGACGCAGUCCAUUGAAUUUCUUCAUCAAGCGCAAACUCAUGGACAUCUUCAACAUCCUGGACUGCCAACCAUUACGCCGUCCACAAUAUCCAUGCCUGGUACACCCAUCAUGCAUGGUGUCCAGCAGUUUGCUGCGGACGGGGAUUUGCCAGGUGCUGGCGGAUGCAUGGUUCAGAUAAAGUCUGAGGAUGAAGUUGGGAAGCUUGAGGAUUACUUCUGGUGA